AUGAAUAAUAAUAUACCUGAAAGUGUGAGAAAGAGAGUGAUAAUCAAAGAGCUUGUAAAGGGUAAAAAAGCUGCAACCAAGCUCAAAUUUCUUCUUCAGAAUGAAAAAAAUCCCUUUGGUGAUGCCUCUCUCUUAUCAUACAAACUUGCUUCAAACGUGUUGAGAUCUUUCACUGAGGCUCUUUCUAUUGUCUCUCAACCUGGUUGUGAUAAUUUUCUGACUCUGCUGAAUUCCGGCGAAAACGGAUCGCCGGUGGUGAUAGACGCCGGGAUUGACCCACCGUCAGGAGAUUCUGCUGGUCGUGCUGUUAAGAAGAGUUCAAGAGGUUGCUACAAAAGAAGGAAGUGUGGAGAGACAUGGAGCAUAGUUUCCCAAACCAUUGUUGAUAAUCAUUCAUGGAGAAAGUAUGGACAGAAAAGGAUCAUGAAUUUUGAAUACCCCAGGAGUUACUUCAGGUGCGCAUUUAAGCAUGAACAAGGCUGCUUAGCAAUCAAACAGAUGCAAAAAACACAAGAUAAUCCUGAUAUGUAUCAAAUUACAUACAUUGGCACUCACACAUGCAACACCACUAAUGUUACAGAUGAACAAAAGCAAGAAUUAAUGGAAUCUGAUGAUAUUGCAGAAUCUGCGCUAGUGUUUGGAAGUCUAGCAAUGGAGUUUGGGGACAUUGAUUUCCACUUUGAUUAA